CCAACUUCUUCAGUCCGGCCAAACCGCCAAUCCCGAAAGGAUGAGAUCGUCUUAACCUCGCUCAUUUCAUUAGACUUUUAUCAAAUGAUGAUCAUCCCUCCAAACAGUUUAUUUGUUUUCAUCGUUGUGCCCGAUAUUUUGUAUUUAUCAGUGCCUGUGGUCAUGAGCCCACGAAAUACACGCGUAAUACACGGUGGGAAUCGAGUGCCAUAAAUAAACUUGAACUUACAAUCGACCUCCUCUCUUUUCUAAUUCUUCUACUUCUACUUUUUCGCGUUGUGUUUAUUUUGGCGGAUGAAGUCUCUGCUCAUUUGAAUGUGUACUUGCUAAGCGCUGGAAAGUAUAAAAAUUGGUCGGUUUUAACACGACAACUACGUCGGUGACACGUGAUUUUUGUUCAAUUAACGACAAAUAAAAGGUAGUAUUAUACGGGAUUAUACUCGUUAGUUUCGGAUGUUUUUAGUGCGGAACAGUGCGCGCGGUGUCUAUUUACUAUAUCGGUAAUAUUUUCGGCGAUAGUAUUCAGUUCUCAAUGUCUAUGAACGGCAAAAAUCAUUGAUUUUUUUUUCUCGGCAGUUAAAGUUUCCUAAGUGCACAUGCAAUUUGAGUACACACGUGAUAAGUGGUUUCCAGAAACUUUUAUUUUUCAUGCGAGGAUUGUUGUUCUGAUUCUCCGAUAGUUCCUAUCUGGCUUGGACAUUGUUCACCGCGAUCAUUCCUUCAAAAUGGGGUGAAAAUAAAAGAAGACUGAAUAGGUAUAGGUUGACCCUUCAUCGAAACGGUGUAAGUUCCUAAAAGCCUGCGCGGCGAGCGAGCACAGAAUGCGCUCACCACUGGCCCAACUGCUGACAACGCUGCUUCUGCUGCAGGCGAGCACAUCCUGGGGAUUCCCUUCGAGGACGACCUUCCACAACCCGGGACACGGCUCCGACGGCCUGGUCAACGACAACGACUCGCCCAAGGACACGCGGACGCGGAUAGUGCGGAUCAAGCAGGGGCUCCUCCGCGGAAAGAUCGUCCACUUCAAGAACAACAACAACCUGCAGAGCGUCGAGGUGUUCCUGGGGAUCCCCUACGCGGCGGCCCCCGUGGGCUCCCAGCGGUUCAUGCCCCCCGGCUCGCCGCCCCCCUGGCCCGGGCUCAUGACCGCUGACACCCUCAGCCCCGUCUGCCCCCAAGUGCUACCCGACGUCAGCGAUAACGCCCGCAGUAAGAUGUCCAAGGGCCGCUACAACUAUUUCUCCAAGCUGCUGCCCUACCUCAAGAAUCAGAGCGAGGACUGCUUGUACUUGAAUAUCUACACUCCGUUUCAAGAUCACUUAAAGAGCAUCACACCUAAGUUACCAGUGAUCGUUUUCAUCCAUGGCGAGUCAUUUGAGUGGAACUCAGGAAAUCCUUACGAUGGAUCCGUCCUGGCCAGUUAUGGCAAAGUCAUCGUAGUCACCAUCAAUUUUCGCCUUGGUAUCCUAGGAUUCCUCAGACCCGGCGUAGGAGAGCACACCGUUAGUAAUUUCGGACUACUCGAUCAAAUAGCGUCCCUCCAAUGGAUCAAGGAUAACAUUCAAGCUUUCGGCGGGGAUCCAGACAGUGUCACAGUGAUGGGUCAUGGAACAGGGGCUGCCAGCGUUAACUUCCUUAUGGUCUCGCCUGUUUCUGGAGCUAAUGGUCUCUUCCACCGCGCCAUACUAAUGAGCGGAAGCGCACUCUCUGAUUGGGCCCUGACAGCGAACCCGGUGCAUUCCACGAUCCAGGUGGCCGAAGCCCUGAACUGCCCCGAAACGAGCAACGAGAUGGCCAACUGCCUGCGACGCAAGCGGCUAUCUGAGCUGAUGGCCGUCCAGAUCGGCUCGUCUGAGUUCAAAACUGCCUUUGGACCCGUCAUCGAUGGUAAUGUCGUCCCCAAUCAGCCGGGCCAAGUCAUGGGUGUCUACCGAGAGCUUUUCAGUAGGUAUGAGCUUAUGUACGGCAUAACGGAAAUCGAAAGCUACCAUCUGUUGGACGCCGUCUCAUUAGCGCACGGGAUGCUUGCUGAGGACCGGAAUAAGAUGUUACGCACUUACAUGCGACAGCGUUUCGAGGCUUUACCGGACGUUGCCUUUGCAAGGACUAUGAGCCAGUAUUCUGAUUGGCUUGUGCCUGAGAAUAGCCGAUCUGCAGCUGAGCACAACCGAGACAUGCUGCAGCAGAUUCUGAGUGACUCCAUGGUUGCUGCGCCUCUCGUCCAAACAGCUCAGUACCACGCCCAAGCAAACCCAAAAUCAUAUUUCUACGUUUACUCCCAUCGUAGUAAAUUCAGCGAUUUUCCUACGACUGACAAGAGCAUCCAAGGUGAAGAGCUGCCAUAUGUUUUCGGAGUUCCAUUGGGCGGUCCUGCAUUCCAUUUUCAAGGAAACUACAAUUUACCUGAGCGACUUUUGUCAGAAAUAAUGAUGACUUUGUGGACAAACUUUGCCAAAACCGGGAAUCCAAAUCCUUUACAGAAACAUGGAUUUCUGACUCAAGUUCCAAAAGAAUGGCGCCAGCUAAACAUACACUGGCCCGAAUACGACACCGUCAACCAAACAUUUUUAAAAUUAGACAUUCCACCCACUGUUGGCCACCACUACAGGCAGGAGAUGAUGUCUUAUUGGAAUCAGGUUCUCCCUGAGGUUUUAGAGAAUCCCUUAAAACUACCGAUGCCCAGACCAUACCCAUCCAAGAACGUGCCUCCAUUUUUGGACCCUACUUACCACGACAAAUAUGAGGGCCAAAAGCAAAACAACUGGGAUAAAGAUCCCCCGAUUCCUAUCUACAAAUUCGACCAGAAACCUGAGGACACUACUGAUCCACCACCAGCUUUCAACAACUUCGAUCCUUUCAGCAAUUUCCCUUUCAGGCCCGUUCCAAAAAACAAGAAGGACGAGAUAGUGUACGGAAAAGUGGUGCACGAGGACAGCCGCAACUCCAACAACGAUAUCAUGGACCGCCCCGAAAGCGAGGACAGCUCUGUGAUUGGUCUCAUGGACAGAGAGCGCGAAUCGGUGGUCCAAUCAGCGAACCUGACGUCAUCCAUCACAGCUACCGCCGUCUUGAUAGGCUGUAUCUGUUUCUUACUCUUGAACACGCUUUGCUUCGUCGCCAUUUGCGUCCAAAAGAGCAAACUCAAAGUGCGGGAAAGGCUGUUCAACAACCGUUUCCGGUGCACCGGGAAUCGAAGCGACGACUACGACGUCGACGAUCGGUACACGAAAAAAAUGGAGGAAACGGAGGAAUCAGACUUCCCGAUCGAGUCCAAGGAACCGGAAGUCCAAAAAAUCACCAACAAGACGAACGAGUGUCUGUACGAGCCCUUCAAAAUCGCCUCGCUCAAACCGGAAACGGGCGGUAGGAAGAACCGGAAACGGUGGGGGCUCAACCGGAAACGAAGCGGUAGCGCGGCCACCAUGGACCCUCACACGAAGGUCCGAGAGUGGAUCACGCAAGGACUCCGUUCCCGCGUUUCGCCCAAGUUCCUUCGACGCAAGAAAAAAUCCCCGAAGGACAAGAAGAAAACCGACCCGGAAACCCGGAACGGCGCCAACAAAAAUGAAGAGGAGGAGAUUUACAAAAGCUCAAAGUUCAUGGAGUCGUCCUCCUCGGCCUGCAAAUCGACGACCCCUCAUUUCACGGUGAAGCAAACCAUGCUGAAGAUGGAGAACCCUUACGCCACCAAGGAGGAGAUCUACGGCUCGCGGCUCGUGCAGAAUAUUUACGGCGCGAAAAACAAGGAGGACAUUUACGGCUCCAAGGCGAAAACGAAGGAAGAAAUUUACGGCUCGAAAAAAGACCCAGCGUUAGAUAAAGAGCUCUACGGUGUUCGGAAUAAAGACCAGAAGAACAAUGCCAAGAUUUACGACAUCCGCCAUGAAAAUAUCUACGGCCAGCGGAAGCACGGCAACGAUACGUUACGGAAACAAAAGGAGGGGAUUUACGGACCGCGAAAAACCGACGGGACCCCCGAAACUAAACAUAAAGAAGGAAUCUACGGUCAGCGAAACUUCGAGCCAAUCGAUAAAGAUAUCGGAUCGAGCAACGGUUCGAUACAUCGAUUGAAACCGAAAGCGAAGAAAGUGAACGUGGCAGUCGACGCCACCCCCGCAACCAGGACCGGAAGCGUCCUGAAACAAAUCCCAAUCGAGUUGACGAAAUCCCUGGACGAGGGUAAAGGGCGCAUGUUCUGUAGCGCGGAUAGCUCGUCGUCUCUGACUCAAAGGUCGUCGCUGAAACGUUCAAAUGCUGUUUCAGAGAGCGACAUAUCCAUACAGAGCAAGGCUCAAAACCAAAGUUCCAUAACCACCUCUACAGACAACAUCCACCUUAAGUCGGACUCAGUGCCCGUCCUUAGUCCUCUGUCCUGCGGACAGGUCAUAGACAUAGAGCUCAACCCCAAUAAGUCAAAGAAAGAAAGCUCGCCUGAAAUAUUGCAGAGCUUCUCGUCGAUCCAGUUCAAGAAACCGGCGACGCGCGCUCUGACCAAUCAGAAGAGCUUCGAAUCCAGCAGCCAUUACGAGGACAUAAACGUGACGUCACGCUGCUCGCCCCUCCUGUCGGCGGACAGCGAGGCGACCAGCGAGGAGUGUCUGGACAACAUCAAGAAGCGGAACUUCCCUAAGGUCCUCCCGGAUUUCCCGCAGCAGCCCGACUACACGCGGCAGAUGACGGUGCCCCAGGACGCCCACCGGAGGGCGAAACGGAUGUCGCUCCCGCCCAACGCCCACGUCCUCACGAUGCACGCCAAGCGCCUGGAAUUCCAGAAUCGGAAGGACGUAAAUAGAGUCCCGCCGCCGCCCCCACCGAGGAUCUCGACGCUGGGUCGGAAGCCCAACAUAGGCCCUAUCAACACCGCGCUCAAUAUCAGACUCACGAGCACUAGAAAGGAGCCGUCGAAAACGCCGGAAGUCCCUACGAGUUCCAGCACUGAUACCUCGAGCGAAGCUCCGAAAAAAGCGGGUACGGGUGGGGCCCAAAUAUUGCAACUGCGCAAAGAGCCGAAAAUAAUAAUUAAGUCGAAUGCUAGUCAGCCGGUGAAAGGCUCGAAGAAGGUUGAAGCUCAAACGAAUACGGGUCGGGGGUUGGGGGUGGGGCUUCAGCCGACCAAGAUGCCGUCGCCGAUCCUCAAGAAAACGGUGUCGACCGAGACUGAAACGACCCCCGUUGCAGGCUGUGAACUUGGCAGCUCGAGAACGGGGACCAUCAAAAGGGUCGACAAGAAAUAAUUUAUUUCAUUCGUGAAUCAUUCCAUUAAUGUAAUUUUUUGUAAAUACCUAUGUAAUUAAACACACGUUUUUUAGUUCUGAUGAUA